GAUGGUACAACUUCCGAGAGGUCGUUCGGGGUUGUUUUAUUAUACCGUGAUUUUCGUGAAGUCUUGGUUUUAUAUGACUGGAUUAAUGUUGUUCUAGAAAUCUAAAUGAUUAUAUCCCUAUCUUGAGCUGUUGAUAUUGUAUGCAAAAGGGUAUUUUUAAUUUGGUGAUGUGACAUUGGAUUUUGUCUCAAUGCGAGUGAAGGAAGGAGCAACUGGACCUGCCGAUAUGGGUAAGAAGAGAAACAGAACCAAGCAAACAGACUAUCAUAAUACAUCAGAUGAAGAAACCGUUAAAGGUAAAGAAUGUACCCAUCUUGAGAAGUCUGUCAGCUUGACUGGUGUGAAGAAGGGUCUCAAGAAUUAUGGCUUUGGACAGUGCACAUCAUGUACUAGUGAUAAAGGAAGUGGAAGCAGUGGUAAGAAAAGCAGUCCUGUUGAUGAAGUAGAUGGUGAUGUCUUUGAGCCGGUCAUAUGGCUUUGUCUAGCAUGUGGAAGUCAGGGAUGUUGUCGUAAUAGUCCAGCCCAGCACGCCUUGAAACAUUUUGAGACACCUAGGACAGGUUCACAUUCUGUAGCUGUCUGCUUGGCUAAUUGGAAUGUGUGGUGUUACAAGUGUGACGAUGCAAUCAGCCCAUCAGAGAGCAAGAAACUAGGAGAGUGUAUGGAUUGGAUUAAGAAACAGGCAUUUCAACAAAAACCUGCUGAAAAAUCAGCCAGUAAAAAGAAGAGCAAAGAAGCAGAUGUUGAUGAGAGUCAUGUCAGAACAUCGUCGUCUCCAAUACGAUCACCACUACUUACAAGGGAGGGAUCACUACCUAAAGUUAGGGGGCUAAACAACCUUGGCAAUACCUGUUUCUUCAAUGCUGUAAUGCAGAACCUGACUCAAACCCAUGUCUUGAGGGAUCUUCUUCAUGAGAAAUGGUCGUCAGGUAAACAGCUUGUUGUUCCCACGGAUACACAUCUUUCUGUCUCCACCAAUCAAAAUGGAAUCGGCAAAGACUCUGAGAAAGAGCCAUUGGUACCAAUCACCAUCACAGUAGCUCCCCUACAGCCCUUGACAUCAUCAUUGAUUGAAUUCCUAGAUGAAAUGCAGAAACCAACCAAGUCAACAUCAAUCAAUCCAAGAGCUCUCUUCAAUCAAGUUUGCAAUAAAGCAUCAAGGUUUAAAGGUUACCAACAACAGGAUAGUCAUGAACUAUUGAGAUAUCUAUUAGAUGGAAUGAAAGCUGAAGAGAUCAAGCGUAUGCAACAAGGUUUGACGUCAACUUUUGAUGUAAAGAAGGCCAAGGUGAAGAACCUAGAUGAGGCAACUAAGAAAAAAAUAAAAGAGUAUGGUAAUCACAGCAAACAUACAUUUGUUGAUACAGUGUUUGGAGGUCAUCUGAUCAGCUCAGUCAAAUGCAACGAAUGUCUUAAUAUCUCAGAAAUCCUUGAACCAUUCCUAGACCUGUCUUUGCCAAUCACUGAAGCCAAGGGCAGCAAAAGAAACCUGUCAAGUAGUAAAAGCCUUGAUAGACCAUCAAUGAAUGACCAGCAGAUGUCACACGAUGGCGACAAACAGACCUUGGCUGCUACAGCUGCAGCAGCAUCAGUACCAGAGGAAACAAAACUCAGUAAACAUCAGAUGAAUAAACAAAAGGAGAAGGCCAAGAAAGAAGCAAGAAGGAAAACAAAGAAAAACAGGACUCUUUCCCAAUCCGAGGAUCCCAUAGAUGAAAAGAAAGAUUCUCCCAUCCAGUCUGACAAUGAAGAAGAAGAAAGGAGAGAAGAAGGAGUCGGCUACCGAGAUCCUAACGAUGCCGACAGUGAGGCAUCGGUCCUUGAUCGUCUUAGUAAUGCUGGAAGCAGUAGGAGAUGCAGUGAACAGACUGCUGCAGGUGAUGUUGGUAUCGGUGGUCUGCCUAACAACCUUCCUGAAGUACCAUCAGAGAAGGAGAACGAGGAAGCUCAUGAGUCGCAGAAUGGUUUGGAUAAGGUCGGAAGCACAGAUCGGCUGUCUUUGAGCAGUAGAGCCAGCACGAGUAGCAGUUCAAGUAGACUUAGUCCGUUGCCCCAGGGUAAUUCUUUCAAGGCAUUGGGUGAUGAACUCUCUGCAACGACGGAUGAUGAUAAGAGAACUGGUAGCGAAGAGGGCAAGGUGGUUAAGGAGAGUGGAAAUGUCAAAAACAUUCGUAACAAGAUGGCAUCGUUGGGUUUACAGGAUUCAGAAAAGAGGACAGUUAAAGUAGAAGAAAGGUCCGACGAGAAAUGUGAGCAAAACAUAAAGGUUGAACCAAGUGUGAAUGAGAAUGGAAAGGAAGCGCCUAAAGUGAACGGCACUAUGGAUGAUUCUGAUGACAAGGCUGGUGAGAAUGGCAAGGAUAGUUCAGAUAUGCUGAAGAACAAGGAAGAGCCUCCGGUGCAGAACGGUGUGGAAUCUGAUGACCCUAAGAUUGAGAAGCUUCACGGUGGCAAUGAGAGAACUUUAAAUGGGCCCUCUGGAAUAGCACCCCUAGCUAAGAUUCAUGAACUAGGUGAAAGCCCUACCGAGUGUAAUCAUGUGGAUUCAAAGAAAAGUAAGAACACAUCUAAUGCCGCCACAAAAGAAGAGAGCUCAGCAUCUACAACUAACAAGAACAGUGGAUCUAAAAUGGGCAAGACAAAACCGCAUCCAAUCUCAACUCAAACUGUUGCCAAGCUUAAUGCAAUGAGUCCUCCCGUUUCACCUGUAUCACCCACAAGUCGAGCCCGCGUUGCUUCAACCCUUGCCCCCAGGUACCAGUCUAAGAACCAAGAAUGCUCUGUAAUGUCCUGCCUCAACCAGUUCACAGCUCCAGAGCUGCUCACAGGGACUAACAAGUUUGGAUGUGAGACCUGCACAAAAGCGCACAAAGUGGAAGGUAAAGAGAAGGUAAAGUACACUGAUGCAAGCAAACAGCUUCUGAUCCAUCAACCACCACCAAUCCUUACCCUACAUCUCAAAAGAUUUCAACAGGUUGGUUAUAAUCUUAGGAAGAUCACAAGGCACAUAGAGUUUCCUUCAAUCCUUGAUGUAGCUCCAUUCUGCAGCACAGCAUGCAAGAGAUAUGCAAACAGUGAGAACAGGGUUCUAUAUAGCCUUUAUGGUGUGGUUGAACAUAGCGGGAGACUGCAGUUUGGUCAUUAUACAGCCUUCGUGAAAGUAAGACAACCUAACCAGACAUUAACCCUUUACACGCUGGGAAUCCCAAGAACGUUAAAUCUUCUCAAUGAGACGUGUGAUCGACAAAGGACGGAGAGGAGCAACGAGGAGCGGCUCGCGAAGGAGAAGUUGCGGUCGUCUGGGAAGAAGCACGAGGAGGGCAGCGAUGGAGAGAACAUGGAGAAGAAGCCUGAAUCGCAGAAUAAAACGAGCAACUCGGUAAAUCACUUGGUUCCUGAGCGAAACCACAUACAAAGCGCGGUUUUGCCGUUUCAUGCCGGGCGUAACGUGAGUGUUCCGGUUGGCAAGUGGUACCAUAUCAGCGAUACACAUGUGACCGAAGUGAACGAGAGUAAGGUCUUGAAUGCCCAAGCUUACAUUCUGUUUUAUGAACGACUUGUUUCAUAGUAAAGCUUCUUCCAGGUUAUGUUUUUAAUGCUGACUCAUCUAUGUACAUUGUCUUUGUGUUUCAAAUACUUGUGUUUCUGGGGAGUGUUUCAUCAAACCUCUUGUCAGUUAUUUUCAUUGACUAAUAUGCUCUUUUAGCCAAUCAGAUGCAAGGAUUUCAGUAGCUUAUAACAAUUGUCAGUGAAAGUCACUGAAAAUUUGUUUAAUGAAAUGCUCUCCAGAUGUUUUGUUGAUACUAUUAAAAAAUCUUUACUUUUUGAAGAAGUUUUAAUCAUGUCAUCGAGGUACUUUUAAUGAAAUGACCUUUUGUAAAAGCAAUGAAAUUUACACUUUACACUAUCAACGAAAAACAAGAAACUUUGAUGAAUAUAAAGAAACAUCUACUUCGGUCAUUUCUAAUGAUUUUUUUUCUUCAAACUGCGGAAAAUAUAAUUUGCCUCUCAUCUAUUGAGAGAAUUGGAUGCUGUUAUAUGUCUUUAGUUGAUGGAAUUGAGUACAAAUCAACUUCAAAGAAAUAGAUCUAAGGAUGCUGUCAAAGCUUUGAAGAAUAUAACAUAGAUGAUGGGAUAUAUUCAACAAUUAUUUCAUGAUGUGCCAACAUUGAUAUUACUUGAGUACUCGAUUGCCAACAAAAUAUGCAUUUUAUUUUAUAGAAAAUCCCUGGGUCUUGCUUCCUCUCUAUCUGCUAUAAAAUACAUAAAGUGUCUUUUUUGAGUAUGUUAAUGUGCUGCUCCAUGUGAAUCAGUGACCAGUAGCAUUAUAUAUCUAUUUUAUUCUUGUAUGUUGUUUGAAGAGAAAAGGGUAUUUGUGAAAAUGAAUCUAUGUUGAAUGUAAAUACAUGUAUGUAUGUAUACUGCAGCUGAGUUUGUUAUGAAUAUGAGUUCUGAUAUUUGUUUCUGAUUUUCUUGAUGAUACCUCUGGAAUCCUUUUAUUUUUUUGUCUGAACACUUUCAAUAUGAACUACAUGUACAGUGGAUCAUUCGUACGGGGGCUUCAAAACAACCUAAAAGUGAGAUCAUAGAUUUUUUUUCUAGUGAAUGAAUUUAAUACAGACCUCUCUCUCUGAUACUCUUCAUUCUUCUUCCCUUUUUAAAUUUUUAACUCUUUUGUCCACUUUCCUUUUCUCCAUUAUUUGAAAAAUAUCAAGCUAUUGAAGAUUCCACAUCACAUGAUUAUUAUGCAAUAGCUUCUACUUAUUACAAGCAAUGCAUUUUAUCUUCCCUGUGAAAAUUCUUGGGGUCUUCUUUUUUUUUCCCUUCUUUUUUGGUUACGUAUAUAUAUUUAUAUAUAACCUCAAGGAGCUUCAAAGUAAUGAAAGUUUUGAAGCUUCCCAAUAUCUAUCAUUUGAUUUUAAUGGUAAAUGUAGAUGUAGAUGCAAGAAAGAAGAUGUUUCAAUUUUUUAUUCAGAAAUUUUCAACUCGUGGAUAUCUUAUGUGUGCCUCCUGUUCUUAACAGCAUACAUGAACUGAGAUAAUAGAGGACAAUCAAAAUUCUAUUAGUUCUAUAAGUAUGUAACAGCAUAAAUAUUAUGUAUAUGUAAGAAAAUGCAGUCAAAUGGUAUUCGAAAGGUUUGUAGAUAUUAAUGGAUUAUUAAUGUAUACACAAUGGACUAUUGUACAAUGCGGGAAGUAGAGGUAGUGGACAAGGUCUCAUACAUGUAGAAUACAUUCUGACAUCUCAUAUUCCUACCCAAUUCUUCAUCUUACCUUUCUCACAGAUUUCCCAUUUUUCUCUUUGUGUAAGUCUCGUGUAAAAUAUGCAUUAUAUUUCUUUUUCCCUUUUUGUUUCUCCCCUCUUGAGUGUUGCUCUUUUUUAUAACAAUUGAAGUAAUCAGGUCAUUCAUCUUACAGCCUUCAUAGUUCAAAAGGCAUGAUAGCUCAGUCGGUAGAGAGGGG